CCACGUAUUGUUUUUCUUUCUUUUUAGAAAUGAAAGAGGCAUUUUUGUAGAAAGGCUGGAGAAGGCUGUGCUGUGCAGAGUUACUUUGCAGAUUUAGUCCUCCAAGUCUGGUUAAUGAUUAAUGUCACACCUUGGUGUCCAAACGGACCCAUUUCUCCCUUCCUGAAGUUGCAGUUCCCCGGGAACAAUACACUCCCGAGGUUUGCCGCGAUCCUCUCUUGAGGGAGGGGGUGGAGUCUGUUCAGUGCUGUUUCUCUCUGCUGAAGUGUGGUCUUCAGAGCUAAGGAAAGAAUGCCUUCGGUGGGGGUUUCUCUGCUAGCCCUCCCUGCCACCCUGCAAAACUCAUCGCAGUCAUUCCUGAUGGCUUCCCACUGGGCUGCCCUUCCAGUGGUGGGCACGUAAGUGAAUUACGGCAAGAAGCGAAACCCUGGCCUGAAAAUCCCAAAGGAAGCCUUUGAACAACCUCAGACCAGUUCCACGCCGCCUCGAGAUUUAGACUCUAAAGCUUGCAUUUCUAUUGGCAAUCAGAACUUUGAGGUGAAGGCAGAUGACCUGGAGCCUAUCAUGGAACUGGGACGAGGUGCAUAUGGGGUCGUGGAGAAGAUGCGACACGUACCCAGUGAGCAGAUCAUGGCGGUGAAGCGAAUCCGGGCCACCGUAAAUAGCCAGGAGCAGAAAAGGCUACUUAUGGAUUUGGAUAUUUCCAUGAGGACAGUGGACUGCCCUUUUACUGUCACCUUUUAUGGUGCACUCUUCCGGGAGGGUGAUGUUUGGAUCUGCAUGGAGCUCAUGGAUACAUCGCUAGAUAAAUUCUACAAACAAGUGAUUGAUAAAGGCCAAACAAUUCCAGAGGACAUCUUAGGGAAAAUAGCAGUAUCUAUUGUAAAAGCAUUAGAACAUUUACACAGUAAGCUCUCUGUCAUUCAUCGAGAUGUCAAGCCUUCCAACGUGCUGAUCAAUGCUCUGGGCCAAGUGAAGAUGUGUGAUUUUGGAAUCAGUGGCUACCUUGUAGACUCUGUGGCUAAAACUAUUGAUGCAGGAUGCAAACCAUACAUGGCUCCCGAAAGAAUAAACCCGGAGCUCAACCAGAAGGGUUACAGUGUGAAGUCGGACAUUUGGAGUCUGGGCAUCACAAUGAUUGAGUUGGCCAUCCUUCGGUUUCCCUAUGAUUCGUGGGGAACUCCUUUCCAGCAGCUCAAACAGGUGGUAGAGGAGCCAUCGCCGCAACUCCCGGCAGACAAGUUCUCCGAAGAGUUUGUUGACUUUACCUCACAGUGCUUGAAGAAGAAUUCCAAAGAACGGCCAACAUAUCCAGAGCUUAUGCAACACCCAUUUUUCACCCUACAUGAAUCCAAAGCAACAGAUGUGGCGUCUUUUGUAAAACUGAUUAUUGGAGACUAAACACGAUGGACUCAAUCGGUUGCCCCUCCUGUGGCUUGGGGGGUUUACAGGGUGAAGCAAGCUCACUAAAGCGCCAAUAGAAACUCGUCUUCGAGAUACUUUAACCCUCUCAGAAGGUUUUUCUCCCCCAUUUUCUUUGUUUACCCCUCCAAAGGGGGCCUUGGAAUCUAUAGUAUAGAAUGAACUGUCUAGAUGGAUGAAAUAUGAUAAAGGCUUAGGACUUCAAAAGGUGAUUAAAUAUUUAAUGACGUGUCGAAUGAG